AUGGCUUCGACUCGACACGUCCCUUUCAGAUUAUUGAAGGCUGGGCGGCAUGCACUACGGACGCGCCAAUAUUCUUCUGCUCGCGUCAGUGAUGAUUGUGAUAUCGUGAUUGUUGGCGGAGGUCCCGCUGGGCUAGCCCUAGCUUCUGCGCUCGGGUCUUCUGCCGCGUCGAACCGUCUUCGCAUUGUUCUUGUCGAAGGCGGAGACUUGUCGAAAGUGCAUGGCUGGUCAUUGGAUUCGGAUGUCUACUCAAAUCGCGUUAGUUCCUUGACCAAUGCAUCUCAAUCAUUUCUACGAGAUAUUGGAGCUUGGUCACACGUUGAAGAGAGUCGAACGUGUCCCAUGGAAGAUAUGGAAGUCUGGGACGGAGUGUCAGAUGCGCGAAUUUCUUUCCAUGCAUCCGAUGUACCUACAACUGGCUCUACAGAAGGCCAGCAGAUGGCGAGGUUGACUGAGAACCUCAACCUGCAGCGGGGUCUUCUACGUCAUCUCAAAACUCAUCCUGAAAUCGAAUUAAUCGACAAAACUAAGGUCGAGAGUAUUAUCAGAGAUGAAGAGGAAGGUCAAUGGCCUCUUGUGAAGCUUGCAAAUGAUCGAAUACUCAGAACUCGUCUCCUCAUUGGUGCGGACGGGUUCAACUCGCCUGUCCGUUCGUAUGCUAGAAUUCCAUCGUACGGAUGGUCUUACAAUACCCAAGCCAUCGUAGCUACGAUGUUCCACUCUCCACCAUCCCUGUACCAAAAUUCUCUCCACACAACGGCAUAUCAGCGCUUCCUUCCCACCGGGCCCAUUGCCUUCCUCCCUUUGUCGCCCACAGCCUCUUCUCUUGUAUGGAGUAUCAAUCCCCCCGAACUAGCUCAAGCCUUGGUGGCUUCCGCUUCUCAAAAUCCUUCAGUCCUAGCCAGCAUGAUCAACGCUGCGUUUCGACUGCCCACUGUCUCCCUGAAGUAUCUCUACGACGUAGUUAUGGAUGCACGGACUAAGGGGGUCGCGAUAGACGGUGAAGCAAUUACCAAGGAAAUUCGCUGGCGAGAGGAAUCGCAUGGGAUAGACGGGAACUCUACCUAUGCGUCAUCCUCCACUCAGCUCUCGCAAGGAAUGCCUUCGUUGGACGCUGCCUCACUUCCGCCGCUCGUCACCUCCAUUCAACCGGGAACUGUAGCUUCAUUCCCCUUGAAGUACAACCAUGCUGAAACGUAUCUCGGCGAAGGACUUGGAGCAAGGACUGUUUUGGUCGGAGACGCUGCGCAUACCGUUCACCCGCUCGCUGGUCAAGGACUCAAUCAGGGCUUGGCAGACGUAGAAUGCCUGUCAAAAUGCAUUGCUGAGGCCGUCGCUAACGGGGGCGACGUUGGUUCUUAUACGGCCCUGCUACCGUACGCGCAAGAGCGAUACAUCGCGAAUCAUACCAUAAUGUCAGCGGUGGACAAGCUACACAAGCUCUAUUCCACAGAAUUUGAGCCUGUAGUCUGGGCCCGGAGCGUUGGGCUUGAGGUUCUCAACGAGUUGGACGUUGUGAAGAGCGCCAUCAUGGCCACGGCUGGCGCACACUCCAGCAAGACGACUAACUCUGCAGAUGCCGCAGCUGGCAUUAACAAUGGCUGGUCCGUAGUUGCGAAAGGGUUCGAGAGUUAUGCCUCUACAGUCAAGGCUGCAAGGAUGGCAUCUCAAGGUGCUGUUGGUCUGAUUGGCGGAGGUUUGGAGGGGAUUGGUAGAAUAAUCACGAACCUUAGUAAAUAA